AUUCAGACAGGGGUGUAUUUACCACAAGGUAAACAAGGCAUUUGCCUAGGGCGGCAUUUUUUAGGGGGCGGUAUUGCCCCCCAGAAGAAGGGACAUAUGCAGCAUGGGGACCGGGUGGGAUCCGAGAGAGGCUGCGGGCUGCUUGAUGAUGUAUGCAGAGCCCUACUGUCAUUUCUGUGGAUAUCCAGAGCUGUGAAGGUGAGUGUCUUUCUCUCUGCUCUCUCCAUGGGGAGGGGGGGGGGGGGGGGGGGUCUGGUGUUGGUCGGUGUAAGGCUCUCUUCACCAGGGAGG